CCGCAACUUUAUUUUAUGUCUGAUAGAUACUUCCAUUGAAGAUUUGAAGCUAGCAAAGAGCGUAAAGCUACCUAGCAAGGUUAUAAUUAAUUAAAGGUAGGAAAUGGGAGAUGGUGAGGAGCAGAAGAAGCACAAGUACGGCGGCGCAGGCAGAGCCCUGUGCGCUUUCCUCCUCAUUUUCUUGAUUUUAGGUGCCAUCACUCUACUCAUCCUAUGGCUGAUUUACCGCCCCACCAAGCCCAAGUUCACGCUAGUAAGCCUCGCCAUCUACCAGCUCAACCUCACGCCUCCGCCUUUCCUGUCCGCCACCAUACAGUUCACGCUCCUCACCAGGAACUCCCACCCCCGCCUCUCCACCACUAUAUAUAAUCAUCUCUCGGCUUUUGUUUCGUACAAGAACGAGGCGAUCACGCCGGCGGUGAGCCUGCCCCCUCUUCUCACGGUGGCCAUCUCUCCUGUGCUGGAUAGGGGGCCGGUGCCCGUGUCGGUGUCGAUGCUGAACGGAUUGGUGAUGGAUGAGGCGUAUGGGAUGGUGGCCUUGAGGCUGGUCUUCAAGGGGAAGUUGAGAUACAAGGGUGGAGCCAUAAAGAGCCGACGCUAUAGCGUGUAUGUCCAGUGUGACUUGCUGGUUGGGUUUAACACAGAAUUUGGUGCUGCUCAACUCUCUCUGCUUCCUUCUUCUUCUCCGCAAUGCAACACCCACAUGUGAACUCAACUCAACUCAACUCAACUCGGUUUUA